AUGCCGGCCGAAAGGCGCUCUCUGCGAUCAAACAACAAAUCUGACACCUCUUCAUCUGCUAACGGUGAAAAGGGACGUUCAGACUCCCAAAGCUCCGGUGCGAAAGACAAGGCGCCCACCACUCGCGCCGCUGCCAACAAGGCCAAGUCAGCUCCGACCAAGAAAGACGCAAAGGGCGCAUCGAACGGCAGCAUGGGAGAAGAUGACAAGUCGCACAAGAAUGGAUCCAAAUCAACCGAGAACGGUGUGAACGGAUCUGAAGAUGUUGAGAUGGGAGAGGACACGGCAGGUGCGCCUACAUCCUCAUUCAACACCAGGAAGGACCGCAAAGGUGACGAGAAGAUGACUGUUGUAGUGCCUCCGACCAAGGGUUCCAGAUCUUCUGGCAAAGACAAGGAGGACGUGACGAUGGAAGGUGUGGAAGACGGCAAUGCUGAGAACACCGAGCCUGAGGUCGACCCGACAACCAAGGCUAUUCAAGACAUCAAAACGAACUUCACCCUGCUCGAGCGAGCCGUUGCCCACUUCGACCCUAGAUUUACCCUCCGUGUCCUGCGGUCGAUAUCCUCGAUGCGGAAACACCUCACUCCGGAGGUCCUCGCCGAAGUCAUUGUGGAUACCUACUCUGAUUCUAACUCUACGGCAUCAUUCCUCUUGGGGGUUAUUGGCCAAGAAAACGCGUUCGAGAAUGCCCCGGCCAAUUCACAGAUGGAGGUAGACUCGGAGAAGAAGGCUGCCCCCAAGGAGACCCUUGCGGAAGUCGACGCAUAUCUCUCCAUCCUUGUCCAGAUUUACUUGUUUGAUCAGCGGGAGAUCCAAAAGGGAGCCCAAUUCUCGACAGAAUUGAUUGAGCGCCUGCGGGCACUCAACCGCCGUACCCUGGAUUCUCUUGCCGCUCGCGUGUACUUCUAUUACUCCCUCUUCUUCGAACAAAUUGCCCCGCUUCCUCCUUCUCCUGCCGCAGCUGUCACCACCAUCCGUCAGACAUUGUUGGCGGCUCUGCGUACCGCUGUGCUGCGGAAAGAUGUUGACACACAGGCUACCGUGAUGACUCUGUUGCUUCGUAACUAUCUGUCUACAUCUCAUAUUUCACAGGCAGAUCUUCUGAUCUCGCACAACCCAUUCCCUAUCGCUGCGUCCAACAACCAGAUUGCUCGGUAUAUGUUCUACCUCGGCCGCAUCCGUGCCAUCCAGCUGCAGUACACCGAGGCCCACAGCCACUUGAUUGGAGCCACUCGCAAGUCGCCUGCUAGUCCCGUUGCCCGUGGAUUUUACCAAGCUUCUCACAAGCUAUUGGUGGUUGUUGAGCUGUUGAUGGGUGAUAUCCCAGACCGUUCUGUCUUCCGCCAGCCCGCUUUGGAGCGGGCCAUGCACCCUUAUCUGUUGCUUUCUCAGGCAGUCAGUGUGGGUGAUCUGGACGGCUUCCUCACCAUUGUCAACACCCACAGUGAAACUUUCCGGAAGGAUGGCACUUACACUCUGAUUUUGCGCCUACGACAGAAUGUCAUCAAGACAGGUAUCCGCAUGAUGUCACUCUCUUAUUCCCGUAUUUCUUUGCGGGAUAUCUGCCUUCGCCUAGGUCUUGACAGCGAAGAGUCUGCCGAGUACAUUGUAGCCAAGGCUAUUAGAGAUGGUGUCAUUGAGGCCACGCUUGAUCACGAGCACGGUUUCAUGAAGAGCAAGGAGGUUGGUGACAUUUACGCGACCAGAGAGCCCGGCGAGGCGUUCCACGAGCGUAUUCGUGCUUGUCUGGCUCUUCACGAUGAGAGUGUCAAGGCUAUGCGCUUCCCCAUGAACCAGCACCGCCUAGAGCUCAAGAGUGCCCAAGAGGCCCGGGAACGCGAGCGGGAACUUGCCAAGGAGAUUCAGGAAGGAGACAUCGAUGAGGAAGACGCUGGUGGUGAUUUCGAUGCCAUCUAA